AUGGAACCGAGAAUUAUGGAAGGUGAAAUAGUAAUUGCAGAAAACUCCAGACUAACAAUAAAAGUUUAUGAAUUAGAACAAAGAAUACAUAAUAAUCAGAUUCAUGCAGCAAAUGAGAAUCUAACGCAAUUGAAUGACGCAUUAAAAAUUGUUUUGAGAGAUGCUGAAGACAUGCGUGACCAUUAUAAAGCUGCAAAUCUAAAAGAAUUUGAAGAAUUUAUUUCGAAUUAUAUUUUUGGGUUGUUCGAUAAUAUUGGAACAUUGUUUCGAUUUGAUAAUCAAUACAUAACAAAUAUUAAAGUUUUUGUUUCCGAUUUUUGUAAUCCCUUAUGUGAAUCUCACUGA